UCUUUCUUUCUUUCUUUCUUUAUUUUCAUAGAUGAUUUUUCUUUUAUACUUUCUAUUAUUCAACAUCGCUACUGCCAUAUUACAUAACAAUAACUUUAACAAUGAAAAUAUAAUUGCUUUAAAUAAAAGACAAGGUAGAUAUACAAUGAAACUAUAAUUAAAUAUGUCAAUAAUUCUUUAUGACCGAAAUAUUUUUAGCCAUAGCGUCUAGAGCGUGUGGUGGUCAGAAUAACACAGUAGCUAUUUGUUCUCCUAGUUCGGAUUCUAUAUGGACAAAUGAUACAGACCAAGAAAUUACAUGGAAAUAUAAUAAUCCAGUUUUUACUGAAUACGAUACACUCGAUUUGUAUUUACUAUAUCAGCCAAAUGACAGUGCUUGGGAAGCUGUCUUGGAAUGGACAGGCUUAGACAAAACAAAAGGUGUCAUGAUAACACACGUCAACGAUAGUUGGUACCCAGCACCCAUAGCCAACAAUGCGCCAAAUGUAACAUGGACUAUGUAUUUAUAUCUUGUUGGCUCAGGCUAUGAUUAUCAGUCUGAUCUGGCAUUGAUUUCAUCAAGGCACAACUUCUUUCCAGUACCCCAGUCAUUUACUCUCAUUCAAACAUCCAUUAACACAACCAGUACCAACACAACCGCCACUCCUUCCAACACCACGACUACAAAUCCCACAAGCGAAGCAUCAACAACACCUUCUGUUAAAAAAAGUAGCAGCAAGUUAGCUGGAUGGGCUAUUGCAGUGAUUUGUAUUGCAGCACUUUUUUUUAUUGCAGCAGUAGCAGCUCUUAUCUGGGCUUACAGACGGUAUAAACAAAGAAAGAAUCGCAAAACUCCCCUUUCUAACAAUACUGCUGCUGCUCUUGGUGCUGCUAGUGCUGGUUUUCUAGCUGCCAAUGGAUCCAUGCAUUCAUCAACUCAGCAUUUGGUCUCGUCUCGAUCACCCCGCCAACAAGACGAAGUAUCUUCAUUUGCUACCACAUCUGAAAAGCCUCCUCUUGGACUUCAUAGCGAAGCUCAUCACUCAAGUAGUAUUCUCUCUUCUACAGAUGCACUCAUGAUUGCAGACACUUUUAGACAGUUUAUGAGAAAGCCAGAAUGGAAUGAAGAAAUGGAAUUAAAUGCACAACGACAACAGAUCGAAGAAAAAGGAGAAUCAGGAGAAGAAGAACGUAAAGGAUCAGGAGAUGCUUCUGUUGAAAAAGGAAGGAAUACACGUAUUCAAUAAUAAACUGAUCAUUUAGAAAUUCAAUGUUUGAUAAAGACGUCAUGUAAAAAAGAAUUUGUUUGUUUUGAAUAGAGUUGUACAGGAAAG